ACGAGAAUGGCGGCGGUAAGCAAGAACGAGGCGAAGCGCUUGCUGAAGAAGCGGGAGCGGGCGGAGAAGAAGGCCAAGGGCGUCGCGGAUGGAACAUGGACAAAUCCACGUAAAAGGCGCAACCAACGGGCCUUUCAUUGCGAGACACGGGACACUAUCGACGACAUGAUCCACGAAACAGCGUCGGAAACGAGACCUGACGGGUUUCGGUAUGUCGCUCCAUACAAGCACACGUUCCAGGUCCACGUGAAGGCGCGGUGGUUUGGCAAAGCACUCUUGCAGAUGUUCGUCGAAGAGUUUGGUGGGUACAGCGCCGAUUACUACGCCGCCGCGAUUCGACAUGGCUUCAUCACGCUCAAUGGCCAACUCACGUCUGCGUCGACGCUGGUGAAAGACGGCGACUUGCUUGAGCACGUGACCCACCGCCAUGAACCGCGUGUUCAAGCAUUUAAUGCUGCAUCCAUGGUGGCGUACGAGUCGGACGAGAUGGUGAUUGUGAACAAACCAUCGACGAUUCCUGUCCAUCCAUGUGGCGCGUACAGACACAACAGCAUCGUGUUCAUCCUGGCCAAAGACGCGAACCUCUACCCCGUCUUUCCUGUCCAUCGGUUGGAUCGGCUCACGUCCGGGCUUUUGGUCCUGGCCAAGUCGGCCGAAGUGGCUGCCGACCUGUCGACGCAGCUCAUCGACCGCUCCGUCCAAAAAUACUACUUCGCCAAAGUCCUCGGGGUGUUUCCAGCCGUCGAAGACAACGACGGCGCCACCACCAACGAGUCAACUUCGACCCACCUGUCGGCCUCUGUCGCCUUUCCCGACCUUCCACGCACGUGGUUACCUCUGCCCUUUGCAAGUGAAUCGCUCCAUGGAUGUGGUUGUGUUGGCAAUGCAGCGCACUGCACGGUGACGACGACGCGGCUGGACGGCCACGGCUACUUUCACGUGUCGGCGCCGCUCGGCCGCAUCGCGGACUUGGAGAACCGCCAUGGAAUUGUUCCCGAUGGCAAAGCUAGUGAGACACUCGUGCGAUGCGUCGGUCGAACGAGUGACGGCCACAGCAUCCUUCACUGCCUGCCGCUCACUGGCCGCCAGCACCAGAUACGCGUGCACCUUCAAGCGCUGCGCUUUCCCAUCGCAAACGAUCCCUUGUAUGGGCCCAAGGCGUUUGUGGCCGCAACAAUCGUCGACCCUGCGGCACAAACACCACGUUUGAAGCCGCAAGUGCCGUCGGUGUCACACGAAGCAGACAAGAUGGCAAAGAUCACCAUGGAAAGUAUUUGCGACGCAUGCCAAAUCGGCGAACACAUAACGUUCAAUUGGGAGCAGCGCCACUGCCAAGGCAUUUACCUCCACGCGUUUCGAUACAAGGGGGCGACGUGGGAUUUCUCGGUUCCACCACCAUCGUGGGCAUCCUAGCCCGGCCAACGACCGCCCGAGACGUGUCUGGUCAAGGAGACUGAGCGCGCGCUGCUUGCGAGGGGUGGCUCCAGUGCUCCAUGUGCUGGUUUUCUAGCGUGAGAUGCUCUACCUAGUCGACCACGGCACGGAGAGAGUCGUUCAAGACUGCGAUAAAGACCACCGACAACGAAUGCCGUGCACUUGGUUGUGUUUGGAUGAUGCAGCAGAGACAGUCGUACGACAACUUAGAUGGAUCAUCACUCGUUUUGUGGA